AUGGGAAUCACAGGGGAACUAGUUAGAAGUGCGUUCUCGAAAAGCCGGUCUGUGCGAAUGCGAGAGAGCCAUGCGAGGAGUUAUGCUGUGGAAAAGAAAAGAUGGAGUUCAGUAAGAUCAUACCUUUGCGGGGAUGAGUUUAGUUCGAUAGUUGCAGAGGAUGAUUUAUCGAGCUCCAAACCUGCAAUUGAUGAAGGAGAAUUUACUUCAGUUUAUGCAGAGGCGGAUACGGCUUCUAUUAGAAGCUCUGAGGCCACUGUUAAUCAACCAUUGGCGGGAGAUUUCAAGGACAAAGCUGAUGCUGAAAGCAAUGAGGUGAAGAAUGGAAGUCCAAAGGAAAAGCAAAACUCAACUUACAAACUUUUUCAGCAAGAAGAUGCUGCAAUGAUCAUUCAGUCGGCAUUUAGAAGAUUUCUGGCCCAACGAGCUAAUGAAGGAAUGAAUUUGCAAGAUUGCAAGGCAGAUCCUGUAGGAAGUCCAAGUAGGGAGUCUAUGGGCACAUCAAUUGAAGUUCAAACUGGAAAUUCGGACACUUUCUCAUUCCAAGAAGAAAGAAUUGACGUGCACCAUCCAGUGCAACAUAGAAGUAGAUCCCAGGUGCUCAAGCUACAGGAAGAUUGGGAUGAUAGCACUGUAAGUAGUGUCAUAUCAAAAAUGAGAACUCAAAACAAGCUGGAAGCAGCAACAAGGCGUGAGAGAGCUCUGGCUUAUGCUUUUUCACAACAGUUAAGAAUCUGCUCGAAGAAAAAACAAAUCAAAUCCAACAAUAACGAAACUGGCGUGGGCUGGAGCUGGCUAGAACGAUGGAUGGCAACCCGUCUGCCAGAAAAUACCAUGAUGGAAGACCAAAUGUACAAGCAAAUUGAGGCAGUUAGUAGUCACCAAACAACUGGGAUUAGGAAGAGAUUGCUGGAUGUAGCAAUGGAAGAGAAGGAGAGUUGUGGAUCUAACGAGGUAUCUCUACGCAUUGAAAUCAGAUCUGUAGCUGCGCCCAAGGAAGUCCCAAUGCCUACCAAGAAUAGAAAUAAGGCAACAAGGAAUAACUCCAAACGAGAUGCAUCAUCUAGCUACCUCUGCCCAAGAACAAAGGAUAGCAAGAAAGUAUGUCAAAUAGAGGAUGGAAAAGAUAAGACGAAAAUGCCAAAGCAGGCACGAAAUAAAAGAGAGAUGAAAAUCACAGAUUCUACAUCUCAAGUAUCACCAGAGAUUGAAUAA